UACGCGACGAGGGGCGGUCAGGACCUAUGAACAUGGGGUCGAAGAAGCAUCGUCGUAGCCGAUCGCGGACCCGCUCCCGAGAAAGAGCUCGCAGUAGAGGCAGGAAUGUACGGUCGAAGUCGCCCGAGGAGAGACGCGGUCGGAAUCGCUCUCCGGUGAAAGCUUCUCGCAGACAAGGCCGCUCUGACAGUGGCGGCUCCAGGAGCAGCGGGGAUUCCGCAGGCCGCAGCCGACACAGAGGCAGAGAGUCCAGCGACUCUGAGCACGAUCACAGAGGCAGAAGAGCACGAUCACACGGCAGAUCUAAAGACAAAGACAGCUCUCCGGGUGACAACCACAAUGACCAGAAAAAACACAAGGAGAAGAAGAAACACAGGGAUGAGAAGAGUAGAAGCUCCUCGCGCUCCAGCACAGGAUCCAGCAUAGAACGGAACAAAGUGAGAGAUGGGAGGAGCAGCGAAAGAGAGAAGAGGAGACAACAGAGCCGGAGCCCCAGCCGGGAGAGAUGGAGGGAGGAGAGGAGGAGUAGAGAGAGAGGGAGAGGCCAAAAGAGCGAAGAGAGGGAGCGAGACAAACGAAGGGACUGCAGUCGAGACAGGCGACGUAGACACUCAGAAUCCGUCUCCUCGAGUGCCUCCAGCUCUUCGGCUGACUCUGAUCAGGGAGGGGAGACGUCACAGGGUCAAUCCUCCGUCAAAGAAGACCAAAAGAAACAGAAGGAGAUGAUGAAAGCCUUGGAGACUCCAGAGGAAAAGAGAGCCAGACGUCUGGCCAAGAAAGAGACCAAAGAGAGGAAGAAGAGAGAGAAGAUGGGCUGGAGUGAAGAAUACAUGGGGUACACCAACGCAGACAAUCCAUUUGGAGAUAACAACCUGCUCGGCACGUUUAAGUGGCAGAAGGCUUUGGAGAAAAAAGGAAUCGGGCACUUGUCAGAAAAAAACUUGAAGGAGAGAAAUAAACGCAUCCAGGAGGAGAAUCGUAGAGAACUGCAAAAGGUGAAGCAGCUGCGUCUGGAGCGAGAGCGUGAGAAAUCCAUGCGUGAGCAGGAGCUGGAGAUGCUGCAGAGAGAGAAAGAGGCCGAGCAUUUCAAAACAUGGGCGGAGCAAGAGGACAACUUUCAUCUGCACCAGGCCAAACUGAGGUCUAAAAUCCGUAUCCGUGAUGGCCGAGCGAAGCCCAUUGACCUGCUGGCUAAAUACAUCAGUGCUGAAGAUGAUGAUCUGUCAGUGGAGAUGCAUGAACCGUACACAUUCCUCAAUGGACUCACCGUCACAGACAUGGAUGACCUGCUGGAGGACAUCAAGGUCUAUAUGGAGCUAGAACAGGGGAAGAAUGUGGAUUUCUGGAGGGAUAUGACCACCAUUACAGAGGACGAAAUCAGCAAACUACGUAAACUGGAGGCUUCAGGGAAAGGACCAGGUGACCGUCGUGAGGGUAUAAACACCUCGGUCAGUACCGAUGUGCAGAGCGUGUUUAAAGGGAAGACGUACAGUCAGCUUCAGGCUCUUUAUAUGAACAUAGAGAAUAAGAUCCAGGCUGGUGGCUCCAAUCUGGACAUCGGCUACUGGGAGAGUCUCCUGCAGCAGGUGCGAGUCUACAUGGCACGAGCCAGGCUGAGAGAGCGUCAUCAGGAUGUAUUGAGGCAGAAGCUGUAUAAACUGAAGCAGGAACAGGGUGUGGAAAGUGAACCGCUCUUCCCCAUCAUCAAAGAAGAGCCAGAGAAUGAGCGGCCAGUGAGACCAGGAGGGGCGGAGUCUGAAGAUGAGGAGGCGGGCAGCUCUCAACAAGGGGCCAAUCGGACAACAAAAGACGGAGAGGGGGCGGAGAAAGGGGAAGGGAGAAGGACAAAGAAGAUGGAUGGAGAAGAGGGCGAGCGACCUGGAAGGAGCAGUCCGAAAGGAGAGGGGGAUGGAGAGGAGGAGGGACAGAAAGAUGAAGCUUCAGAGGCUGUGUUGACAGAAGAGGAUCUGAUCCAGCAAAGUCAGGCGGAGUACGACUCGGGCCGGUAUAGUCCAACGCUCCUCCAGCCCUCUGAGUUACCGCUGGACACGCACAUCAUUGAUGUAGAAGAAGACCUGCAGAGACUCCAGCUGGCCCGCAGACAGCUGCAGGUGACAGGUGAUGCAAAUGAAAGUGCGGAGGAUGCGUUUGUGCGCCGCGCUAAAGAGGGUAUGGGCAACGACGAGGCCCAGUUCAGCGUGGAAAUGCCUUUGACAGGAAAAAUGUACCUGUGGGCCGAUAAAUAUCGUCCACGCAAACCUCGCUUCUUUAAUCGCGUUCAUACCGGCUUCGAAUGGAACAAAUACAACCAGACGCAUUACGACUUCGACAACCCACCACCCAAAAUCGUCCAGGGAUACAAGUUCAACAUCUUCUACCCCGAUCUCAUUGACAAACGCUCAACACCACAGUACUUCCUGGAGCCUUCCUCUGACAACAAGGACUUUGGAAUUCUGUGUUUCCACGCCGGACCACCGUAUGAGGACAUUGCCUUUAAGAUUGUAAACCGAGAAUGGGAGUAUUCCCAUCGCCAUGGAUUCCGCUGCCAGUUCGCCAAUGGAAUUUUUCAGCUGUGGUUCCACUUUAAGAGAUAUCGCUACAGGCGAUAAGAAAGACAAAUGUGGAGUUUCUAUUGCUGUCUUUGUGUGUUAAAGGGAUAGUUCAGUUUCCACAUUUGGAUGAACUAUCCCUUUAAGUAAUUACUGGUGCAACUCGGCAAACAAUUUCUGUAUAUUUUUGAUUGUUUGGUUCUGUUACGCUCAUAAAAUGGAUUUGAUCGCACAGUGAAUGUCCUCCUUUUUGCUGUGUAAUGUAAUUGUUCCAGAGUUUCUAUGCCUGAAUAUAACACAUCCCCGUUCAUGGAAGAACAGGUUUUCAAUGGGAUAGACUUCACUUUAACCUUGAAAAUACUGUUUAGUACAUUUUCCAUUUCGCAGGCACUUGGCUUGCGCAUUUGAUUCCUUUUUAAAGAACUUGUUUUUAUUUUAGUUUCUUUUCAUCUUUCUUGAAAAAUACUAUUAUUUUAAUGUUUUUGAGAUGAUACAUUAAAGAUGGUUUGUUUUCAAAUUUGUA